CCAGGGACACAGGUGACCCGCUCCGACUCCUUUCUUCAAGGCGAGCCAAAGGUCCGUUCUCGGGACGUGCAGGAGGGGCAGGAGAGAGCGAUACGGUUCUCUAUUAAUGGGGGAGCAUGAAUCUGAUGUGGGCAGAAUUCAGAUGAGUUGGACAGCACUGUGAAGGAGCUGCAAGCAGCCUCUGGAGCCUGGAGAUGGCACUAAAGACCAAGAAAGGAUUGAAAGCUUCCAUUGAUGACGUCCUUGAUGAUCUCCUGGGGGAUGAGAUACCUGAGAAGCCUGUUAAACUAGUUGCACGUGCCAGAGAUAAGACCAGUGUUGCCCAGACACUCCCUUCUGCCAGGGCUGGAGCAAAGCCCCUCCUGGAAAACAAUGCCUUCAGCACCGAGGCAGGAGCGGAGGCUGAGGUUUCCGACAUCUCAGAUGCAGACCCGCAGGCUCUACUCCAGGCCAUGAAGGAUCUGGACGACAUGGAUGCCGAUCUCUUAGGUCUGACGAAGUCUCAUCUCGCCUCUAGCAAAAGCGCUGCAAAGAGUUCUGGGAAGGAAGAGCUGCCCAGCAACCCCAGACCUGCUGAUGUGUUAACAGCCAAUGAGAAAGGGGAUGCCAUUCCCACCAAGAAGCCUUCUCCCUCUCCCAGCGGCUUUGGGCAUCAGUACAAGAAGUUUUCAUUUGAAGACUUGGAGGACCCGCUGGCAGGCCUGCUCUCCGAGGAUGAGGAAGGAGUCGCCAAGAAGCUGCCUGGGACAGAGAGUAAAGCGCCUUCUGAAAAGAGCCCAGCCCCAGCCAGAGAGCGAGGCCCCUCCAUCCCCCUAACUCCUGGGAGCACCCCUGUCCGAAAGAAAGAAGAAUUGCUGUUUGACGAUGAGGAUGACCUCAUGGCCACCCUGGGGUUUGGAGAUAGCCCCAAAGCAGAGAGGAGGCAGGCGGGAGACCAGGAAGGGCCCCGCCCUGCUCGCUCCAAGCUGGAUGAGCUGCUGGGUCGAGGCCCUGCCACCAAACACCUGUCGUCCAGGGAGCACCUGCAGUUCACGCUGGACAGGAAGUACCAGAGGCCACAGGACAGAGAAGACACCUGGGACGACGAGGAGUUCACCUUUGGGGCCUAUAAGCCCAGCAUGGGCUCCUCCGAGGGCCGGCAGUCCCGCCGACAGUCAGUCAGGUUCUUAGCAGAAGGCAGCAUAGACCUCAAGGGAGAACCAAGCUCCAAGCAGAGCACCCCAGCAACAACCAGCCCCACUCACCCCAGGAAGGGAAGAGCUGACUGGUUGGGCCUCAAGGAUGAAGAUGAGGACCUGCUCCCUCCCUCUCCCACCAGAGAGCCUCGAAGAGGAGGCUCCGCACUCUCCACACCUUUCGUGGCCGGCCCUGAGAGCCAGCAUUCUGCUCCAGGCCUGCACUCCGCCCCAGCUGGGCUGCCCUCCUCCUCCCUGGGGGUGAAGCCACCCUGCGAGGGCCCAGAUCCCUGGGCCAGAGCUAGCCCGCCUUCCCAGAUGGGCGUGUCUGAGGAGAAAGCGGAGGAGGAUUGGCUGAGCCAUGCCUUGUCUCGGAGGAAGUCCCGAGAUGCCGCCAGAGAAGAGCAUGCUGGGACUUCUAAGGGCCAAAAGUCGGUGGGGGCAGCGGGCCGACCACCGUCCAGCAGCCAACCUGUUGCUAGCUCUCAGGGGCUCGAGCAAGCAGCUGCUGGAGGGACCUCAGGACAAACAGCAAAAAAGCCGCCUGCCCAGCCUGCCACCUCAGGGUUCCCCGUGACGUGGAACCCAGCCUCCUUGGCCCUCUAUGCGGGUGACUCAAAGAGGGACACAGCCCCUGGAGACCUCUCUCGCACUGAGCCUGCGGUGCGUCUUCCGAGCCCCCAGGAACCCACAGGGCUUCCUGUGCUUGGCCAGGCCCUGCUCCCAGAGUCACUGGCACAGAGCCUGCUGCCAGGCGCACAAUACCAGAAGCAGCUGUUGGCUGCUCAGGUGCAGCUUCAAAAUGGCACUGCCGAGCUCCAGGCUGAGCUUCUGCAGAGUCAGGCCCGGCUGGCAGAGCUGGAGGCCCAGGUGCGGAAGCUGGAGCUGGAGCGGGCCCAGCACAAGCUGCUGCUGGAGAGUUUGCAGCAGCGACACCAGGCCGACCUGGAGCUCAUCGAGAAUGCUCACAGAAGCCGCAUCAAGGUGCUAGAAACAUCCCACCAGCAACGGGAGGAGCGGCUGCGGAGAGAGAGCGAGGAGCUGUCCGCCCGCUACCUGUCACACUGUCAGGAAGCUGAGCAGGCCCGAGCCGAGCUUACCGCCCAGCACCAGCGGCGCUUGGCAGCUGCGGUGCAGGAGAAGGACCAGGAAAUGGAGCGGCUGCGAGAGCUGCAACGGGCCUCCAUCCUAGAGAUGCGCAAGGACCACGAGGAGCAGCUGCAGCGGCUGAAGCUCCUGAAGGACCGAGAGAUCGAUGCCGUCACCAGCGCCACCUCCCAUACACGGUCCCUGAAUGGCAUCAUCGAGCAGAUGGAGAAGUUCUCCAGCAGCCUGAACGAGCUCUCCUCCCGCGUGGAGGCCUCACACCUCACCAUGGCCCAGGAGCGGGAGCUGGGCAUCCGGCAGCGGGACGAGCAGCUCCGAGCACUGCAGGAGCGGCUGGGCCUGCAGCAGCGGGACACGGAGGAGGAGCGGAGCCGGCUCCAGGCAGUCAUCGGGAGGAUGGAGGCCCGCCUGAACGAGCAGAGCCGGCAGCUGGAGCAGGAACGCUGGCGGCUGAGCGCUGAGCAGGCCAAGGCGGAAUCCGUGCAGCGCGCCCUGGAGGAGCAGAGGAAGGUCAUGGCCCAGCAGAUGGCCAUGGAGCGGGAGGAGCUGGAGAAGGCCAAGAGCGCCUUGCUGGAGGAGCAGAAGUCCGUCAUGCAGAAGUGUGGGGAGGAGCGGCGGCGCCUGGCGGCCGAGUGGGCUGAUUUCUUCGCACAGCAGAAGCUGAGUAAGGAGAGGGCCGAGCAAGAGGUGGUGCGGGCCCUGCAGGUGGACACUCAGCGAGAAAGCACCCUCAUCAGCCAGGCCCAGGAGCAGGCAGAGCUGAAGAUCAGGGCAAACGAGCUCCGGGCCAAGGAGGACCAGCUGUCGGCCAAGAGGGAGGCUCUGGAUCGAGAACGGGAGGAGCUGCGGCGGGAGAAGGAGAGGGUCAACGCCUCUGCCCUGCGCAUCAGGCUCCGUGCUGAGGAGGUGGAGAAGAUGAGCCAGGUGGCCUCAGAGAAGUACCAGGAGGGAGAGCAGGCAUUGCGCGAGGCCUGGCAGGUGCAGUCGGGGCAGCAGACCCGGCUCCAGCAGGUGCGGCGGCAGCUGGAUCAGCUGCAGCAGCAGGAGCAGCUUGUGCACCAGGAGCAUCUGAGUCUGGCCCAGCAGAGGCUGCUGCUGGACCGUAUCCAAAAGGACCUGCUGCCCAGCCCUGUGGGGCUGCUAGCUAAGGCCCAGGGCCUAGCAGCCUCUGGCCAGAGUGCCUUUUCAGCCAUCAUGGCUCCUGCUCCUGCCGGUCCUCAGGGCAACCAGCCAUCAGCCAGUCUGGGCCCGUCGCUCCUCCAUGCCAAGCUGGUGCUGAUGAAACACACAGCAGAGCAGGACCGAGACUUCCUGGAGAAUGAACAGUUCUUCCUGGAGACCCUGAAGAAGGCCCCCUACAACGCGGCAUCCCAUUCAGCCUGAGGGCCCUGCUGCCUCCAGCACAAGCCUCCGAGCCUGGCGCUCCCCUGCUGCCCCUGGCUGCCAGCUCCAGGGAGGGGUGCCCAGGGAAGGCUCUGUGCGCGCAGGGUGCGGGGGCAUUCUCUCCAGGCUGCCAGCUGGUGGUGCUCCGUGCCUCUAGGGUUUGAGCCACAUGGGCCUCUGGGGAGACACACUGGGAGUAUCUCGGGCCGAGACACUGAGCCUGCGUUGGUCCUCUUACCCCAGAGACACCCAUCUCAGACCCCCAGGUCCGCCUGGGUUCUGUGGCCCCUCCCCUCCUUGGCGGGCAGGUGCCUGGGGGAUCUUCACCGGGCCCCUUCUGAGGUGGGGGUUCUCAAGGGUGCCACGAGCAGCCUCCUGCCCUCCCCGCCCGAGGCAGCAGACACAGCGCAGGGUCCCCUCCCUGAUGGGGACGUGGAGUCGGACCACACAUUUUA